AUGAGGCCCAACGAACGAGACGAGACGAGAAACAGUACUGCCUCGAGAUCAAGACCCCAGAAUCCCCAACGACGAUCUAGCAGACAGGCUUCCUCACAAGACCGACAUGGAAGGAUAUUUGAAGAGACAGGCCCCGAGCAGGUGACGAUUCGAGCUGUGACGCCGGAGUUUGGAACGGGAAACACAACCACUUUUCGCAGUGCCUCCUCCGACACAAACUUGGUACAUUCACCCGUUCUCCCCCCUCCCAGAACUCGUGGUUCACAGCGCAGGAGAGAACAUUCUACUUCGGUAUCAAAUACAGAUGAGGAAAACACAAUCGAAAGACGUCGCCGAAGAGCGCAGACUCGGUCUGGUACAAAAGAAGACCCCCCUCUAGACUCUUCACCGAAUUCUUUUAUAUCCAAAACUCGCAAGCGUCUAGGAUCCAUCACUACCACGGGUGCUCUAGGACCACGUGAGAAUGAUGGCCACGGCUCUAUAGGAUUUCCUUCUGUGGUUCAAAGUCCAGACAGUUUCGAUCAGAAUGACAGUAGGCGCCCUCCACGGACUCCACGGCGAGCCUUUUCACCUGAGGAUAUGCUUCCCAUGUCAGCCACCAGCCUCCAUUCGCCAAAGUUACUGGACAUUGAUUCGGCAAAAAUUCUUCAUUUGAUGAAGACAACCUGCGGUCGUAUGCAUGGAAUCCUGUUCUUCAGACCCCUCCAUACUACUGCUUGGGCAUCUGGUUACUGCGCAAUCAAUGUGGCACCCGGUAGCCUUGUAUGUCAAACCAAAGGCGAAGUAUCCCAGAGCAAAACCUUACUCCCGGAUCUGAGAGGAUGUACCGUCAGAACUCACUAUGACUAUGAAACACAAAGUACGUACUUGAGCGUGUUGAUCGCAUCUACAGGAACUGGCUAUCAAUUGCGGCCGCCAGUGCCAGAAACUUUUGACUCGUGGCUUGCAGCCCUUCUCUGCUGGCAACCACUAAGGCCAAAGGGAAUUCACAAUAAAAUGUCCAAACCUCAACCUACUGGUCUAGCCGACAAGAAGCAAGUGUCUCAGCGAAGGGUCUCGUCGGAUAUGACAAGUCCGAAGAGCACCGCUAUCGUCAAAGUCGGCAAGAUGGUACUUUGGGAUGGACCAUUACCUUCAGGCUCUCAAAUUGGACCAAUCUUUACCGGCCUGGGCCAGCCGCUCUCCGAGGAGACCAACCUUUGGCGCAGGGUCAGCAGCACCCUGCAUGAAAAUGGCCUGUUUCGUCUUCUAGACGAAUCCGACGCGACAGUUAUAUGUGCGACACAAUUGUCACAGCUGUCGCGUUGUGCUGUACAAAGGCUAGACGACAGUGUUCUGAGUGUGCCGAAUUGUAUUGCAAUAUAUCCUCAGUAUCGAGUACAGCCAGCAGCAACAAGAAUGUCGCGUCCAAUGGUUCUCUGUUUUGAAACCAGUGCCGCCUUCCAAGCGUGGUUUGUACUAUUGCGAGCCUUGACGGUGCCUGAGUUGUACGGCCCAGAACAAAUCCGGUCAGAGACUUCUCAAUCUUCUCCACAGAACCCGUCACAAAACGGAAAGAGAUCAUCCACACGUGACAUGUUUCGCAUAGAACGCUCGCUCACUGUGAAGGUCACAGAAGCGAAGUUUGUUCAUCGAUUUCCUUCAACUCAGCAAUACGAGUCCACCAAUUCAAAGGGCAAAUCCUCAAAAGAAGACCGAAGCAAAGAAAGUGUUUAUACAGAGAUUAUAGUCGGGAAAGACUUACGCGCACGGACCACCACAAAACAGAGUGCUUCAACGGCCUUUUGGGCCGAGGAAUUCACCUUGGAGGACCUUCCACCUUCCUUGACAAAACUUGUAUUGGCUGUUAAGAUCGCCAACCCUGCCGAAAAGGAGUGGACUAUGGUCGCUGAUGUUCUGUAUGAUAUUUCUGCUGACGCUGGGUAUCUAUCCGGCCUUGGAGGCUUGGAAAUCUCUUCUCAUGAUCCCAUAUUUGGACGUGUCGAUUUACCGAUAGACGAACUAGAGAACCAAGGUCCAGUCGACAAAUGGUGGCCACUGCUUGACAACAAUGAUCAAGGAGUUGGUCAGCUUCUGGUUCGAGUCGUUUUACAUGAGACGGUCAUACUGUUGGAAGAGGAGUACAAAGAACUUACCUCCAUGCUUCGCAGUUUUUCUAAUGGUCUAACAACUCAGAUCGCUGCUCUAUUUGGUCCUGAUCUUCGACAGCUUGCGGAUAUUCUUUUAGACAUUUUUCAAGCUGAAGGUACGGCUCGUGACUGGAUCAGUAACUUGGUCGAAGAAGAGAUUGAUGGGAUUUACAAAGAAACGCCGCCCAUGCGGAUGAGAUUUAGUGGUCGCAUACAUUCCAACGACUCUUAUGAAUCUGCCGAACAGCGCGAGAUGCUGGUCAGAGACCUCAGCCGAUCGGCGACUAUGGAAGCCAACCUCCUCUUCCGCGGAAAUUCUCUCGUAACCAAGGCUCUUGAUGCCCAUAUGCGAAGGCUUGGUAAAGACUACCUUGAAGAGGUCCUUGGAGAGAAAUUGCGAAAGAUCAUGGAACGUGACCCUGACUGCGAGGUCGAUCCCAAUCGAGUCCGCACUCAAGAACAAUUGGACAAGAAUUGGGCGAACCUGCUUUUUCUCACCAGCACUAUCUGGAAGUCGAUCCAUGUCUCUGCUUCUCGUUGCCCGGUAGAACUUCGCCUGAUAUUUCGUCAUGUCAGGUCCUGUGCUGAGGACAGGUACGGCUCCUUCAUUCGAACAGUCAAGUACACGAGUGUCUCAGGAUUCUUGUUUUUGCGCUUCUUUUGCCCGGCUAUUCUGAACCCGAAACUCUUUGGGCUCAUAGAUGCUCUGCCUCCUGAUCGGACAAAGAGGACAUUCACGCUAAUUGCCAAGUCUUUGAAUGUCCUGGCAAACACGGCAAAGUUUGGAACCAAAGAGCCAUGGAUGGAACCCAUGAACAAGUUUCUUGCUGCGUCAUCGAAUGAGUUCAGGUCGUUUGUUGACGAGAUUUGCGCAGUCAGCUCAUCGCAAAUGACAUCUGCAAAUCUUGAGCCCCAAUUCGCAGCACCGAAUCAGAUAAGGAAUCGACUCCCUCCUCUCUCUCGAGAAGGACUACCAUGCUUGCCAUAUCUCUUAGACCAUGCCAAGCUCAUGGCUCAACUCGUCGACCUCUGGAUCGAUCGCGCCCCGGAAAAAGUCGACAUGAUCGAAGACGACUCGAUUCGAGCAUUUCAUACACUUUGCGUUAAGUUGGGACAAAGGAGCAAAGAUUGUCUCAAAGCAGCAGAGCAAGCAGAACGACCUGAUGAACAACAAGCCGAACCUAGCUGGCAAAGGGCCCUCAGUGAUCAGCAGAAGGCUGGACGAAAUAAUCAGCUGGAAGAUCAAAUGAUGAGAGCACGAAUAGAGAACGAGAUAACCGCUCUUCCUCAGACCGCAGAUGCGCUUACCGAAGUUGAAUACAAGCACACCGAGGUUUCCCCUGUGGCAGGAGAAGGGGACACCACUCCUUCAAGCUCUGCUUCCGUCGCUUGGGAUCGCCGAAUACCCUUCCCCCAUCGUGGAACAGAGGCCCGCGCUUUGACGAACUCCACGAAUUCGUCUACGGCCUCACUUGAAGUUAUUGACGAAGUCCGGCCGAGGGCGCUACCAAACAGUCGCGACGGACCCUCCAAGAACAGACUGUUUGAUCUGAUGAGCUCUUCUUCUCGUAGAAAGGGAAAGGCAGGAGAUGACAAUCUUGAAUGA